AUGAACAAACCAUUUAACAGUUGGUGUCGGUACUUCACCGAGUGUAUUGAUUUACUCCAAGUGGUCGACUUCAAAACACAAAGCAAUCAAAACGAAUUCAAAGGAUUUUUGACACGGUUGAUGUGUCAAUGUGGGGUGAUGCAAGCCUCUAAAGAGAGUGUUGACGCGCUUGAGAUAUGUAUAUCAGGGUAUUGUCGACACGCCCUCCAGAUCUAUAAGAACACCCAUUUUCCUAUUUCAGUGUUAGAACAACUGCGGGACACUUUACUAAAGGUUGCAGAAACGAAGGAAUUCCUUGGAGAUGUGAUGGUCAACCUAAUCUGUUCCAUUCGACUGUUUAUGACAACGAAGAAUUUUGAAGACCCAUCGAACCAAAUAGAGUUUCAGUUGUAUGUGUUUAACUUGAGGAAGUGUGUGGACAACAUCUCGACAUUUCUGCGGACACUUCUUCUGGUCGACUCACAAAGGAAGUGCUUGUUGCAAGACAUUUUAAAACUCAUUUUGAUGCUCAACGAGGAAUUUUCGACGAUGUCGCAAACGUGGGAUACAAAGGCAUUGAACUCAAGACUUACAACACUUGAAAACUCGUUUGUGAAUGAAGUACAGAAGGUCCUCAAUUUUGACGAUUAUUACAUUUCGAAAAUGCUGUUUUUCCAUAAACUUGUUGUGAUCUUAGAGAAUGUCGUAUCGAAGAAGACUGGUGAAUUACGACCACUCGCUGCAGAGAAAAUAGUGUUAGAACUGCAAUGUUGUUUACAACAAGCGGUGAAUGCAAACAACGUGCUCUUUGUGUUUCGACCAGACAGGAUAUGCUUUUCGUCCAGUGGGAACACAUUACUCUCAAAACAUGUGACAUCAUUGGUCGAAGCGUGUUCCGAGUUUGUAAACGUUCUUAAGAACGCAACAACAAAAGCAAAUGAAAGUAACAACAAUGAUAAAAAGGCUGAAGAAGUGACACCAAGUGUAAUUGAUGGUGUGGAGAAUGAUAAAGAAAAGACUGUUGAUUUAACGUCACAAAUUCUCAUGCAAAUUAACAGA